CAUUCCCAUGUCAACAAUACAUUACAUCCAGCCAGACCCUACAUUCUCUUGGAUCUGUUAGGAACACUUGUACUUGGGUCUGUUAUUUCUUCACUGUCUUCUUCUUCUCUGCUCAGGAGCAGUGGGUUUAGAAGGAGCUGACAGAAGGACCGCUACCAUGGCUGAUGGAAAGGGAUUCACCUGUCUUAUGGUCAUUCUCAUCCUGGGGAAUAUAUUUGGAGCUGCAGCAGGUCUUGCCCUUUGCGCUCUGGCCAUCUGGGUUGCAGUAGAUCAAUUCAAGCUCUACCCUAUAUCUGGUGUGUCGGGGAAAGAUGACAUCUUUGCCGGGGCCUGGAUUGCCAUUUUCACAGGCUUUGCCUUCUUCUGCAUGUGCGUCUUUGGUAUCUUGGCUGCUGCGAUGAAGAGCCGUGCCUUAAUGCUAACAUAUCUGAUCCUGAUGUUGAUCAUCUACAUAUUUGAGUGUGCCUCGUGUAUCACUGCAGUCACCCACAGAGACUAUCUGGUUGGAAACAGUAAUCUGGUGAAGAAGCAGAUGCUGAAGUACUAUGCAGCCGAUGGUGACUCUGGCAGUCGGAUCACACUGACAUGGAACAAAGUGAUGAAAGAGGUGGAGUGUUGUGGAACGGAUGGCCCAGUGGACUGGAUAGAGUACAACUCCACCUUCAGGGAGAAGUUUGGUACAGACUACCCCUGGCCCACCCACUGCUGCAAAAGGAAGAACAACUACGAUGUGGUGAAUGUGGAGGCCUGCAAGAAUGGCCAGAACACCACCAUGUUCACUAAGGGCUGCUUCAACCACAUUGAGUCUGUGUUCAGUCGAUAUACAUGGGCUAUCAGCUGGUAUGGUUUCGCUGUGCUAAUGUUUAUGUUCUUGCUGUUGAUCCUGGCCAUGGUGUACUACCUGAUGCUGUGAGAAGUCUGGAGGUGAUGUCUCUAACCCAUGUUUUUGACUUUCUGCUGAAGCCACACCAACCCUCACUUCAGCAACUACAGUGCCUUGCAAAAGUAUUCACCCCCUUGGCAUUAUUUUGUUGCAUUACAACCUGUAAUUUAAUUUAAAUGGAUUUUUAUUUGGAUUUCAUGUAAUGGACAUACACAAUAUAGUCCAAAUUGGUGAAGGGAAAUUUAAAAAAUUACUUGUUUAAAAAAAUGUAAAAGAAUUUAAAACGGAAAAGUGGUGCGUGCAUAUAUAUUCAACCUCUUUGCUAUGAAGCACCUAAAUAAGAUCUGGUGCAACCAAUUACCUUCAUAAGUGACAUAAUUAGUAACAUAAAGUCCACCUAUGUGCAAUCUAAGUGUCACAUGAUCGGUCACAUGAUCUCAGUAUAUAUACACCUGUUCUGAAAGGCCCCAGAGUCUGCAACACCACUAAGUGAAACCACCAAGCAAGCGGCACUAUGAAGAUCAA